AUGGCGGACUUGGCUCAACAGUUGGAGGCGGAGGCCAUGGCUGAUAUGUUCAACAAAAUGGUCGAUUCCUGCCACUACAAAUGCAUUGCGCAAAAUUACAAAGAAGGAGAAAUGAAUAAGGCCGAAUCGGUGUGUGUCGAUCGAUGCUCUCUCAAAUAUAUGGAAAUGCACGUACCGGGGCAAGAAAUGAAGUUCCGACCGGGUUUUCGCCCGGAAUUCCGCGGCCCAGCGCCUCCUCGUAAUCAGGGACCUCGUGGACCACGGCCACAAGCCUUUAUUCCUCAUAUUCCUUUUGACUUUUACAUGAGUCCGGAUAGUUUUCCAAUGGCUGUUGAUCCCGAGUGCGAAGCCGCGCGUGAUCUCCAUCUCGAAGAAUGUCUCAUUCAAAAGAACGACGACUUGCUUCCCACCGAAACGCUUUGCCGGGAACUCGCCUUGCUCGCCAACAGGGUUUGUUCUGCGCUGGAAGAGUUGAUCGUCAACCCUGGAGAAGGAUGCCCUGGAAUCGAAGACGUCAAAGUAGUGGGAAGCUUCAAGAAAGGAACGAUGCUCAACGGAUCAGUAACGGCCGAUGUCGUCGCUCAAUUGCGAUCGCUUCCGACUCACGAAGUCGUGCAGCGAUUAUCGCGCCGUGUGCUCGAAGAAAUGCGUGCUAUCGCCGGUUACACGCCAGUUACACUUCUCCCAAAUGAAAACGGUUUUGAAAUUUCGUCGACGGAUUGCUCUGUCCGAGUGAUGGUCGGUACAGCGCCGGAGAACUUGAACAAACUCGAGCCAGGACUGCACUUGGAAAAGAAGCACGUUUCCAAAGCGGUAGAAGCGGUCAAACAUGCGAAUUGGUUCGAAAUCGAGGCGAGUGACAACACGAUCAGAACGCUCGUCAGAAUAGUCAAAGAUCUCAAGUCGCGCUACAGAGAAAUGGACGCUCUCUCGCCCUGGAUGAUCGAUUUGCUGUGCCACCACGCGGUUCUCUCAAAUCCUCUUGGAGAAUCACUCCCUCUUCCAAAAGCUUUCAGAAGAUUGAUUCAAGUCCUCGCUGGUGGCAUCUUCCUCCCUGGCUCUGUUGGUCUAACCGAUCCCUGCGCUUCCGGCCCCUACAGAAUCCACACGACGCUUUCUCUCGAAGAACAAGACCAAAUUUGCAUGAUCGCACAGACGUUACUACGCGCACUAGCUCACGGUGCAGUGAAGCGUGUGCUUGGAAUGGAAGAGGAAGGAGUGAUCAAUGAUGUUCUUUUGCUGGAAGAAGUGACGGUCAUUCCGUCGGAGAGGGUUUUCAUGGGCAAGGCGUAG